AUGGCUGCAACCUCUCAUCAAUCCUCUACUACUUCUGCAGAGAACAAAGUUUCGAUAUUAAUGAAGGAGAAGGAUAUUUCAAACUCCAAAAUAUCAACGUUCAAGCUCUCUGAGGAUGCAUCCAUUCGCGGGUCGAAUUUGCAAGAACAUGAUUUUUUCAACCAUGCAAAGAAUCUGGCGAUAGGUUCAUCUUUAUUAAGCUUGGCUAAUAAUAAGUCUAACAAUGAAGAAAAUAUUAAGAAAGAGUCUUCAAACAGUUUCUCAUGCAUCUUUUGUAAAAGAAAAUUUUCUACUCCGCAAGCUUUAGGAGGACAUCAAAACGCCCAUAAAAAAGAGCGUGAACUCGCAAAACACCGCAAAGAGGUAAACAAUGAUUUUGGAAUUCCUUGUUAUCCUUUUCCUUACUACACUAAUUAUCCUAGUCUUUCUACAACUCCUUAUCAAGGAUUUAGAUUUGGACCUUAUAAUAAUAGAGCACUUGGAAUUAAUAAGGGUUCUAUGAUUCACAAGCCAAGGCCAAAUUAUUCAUGGAUCUCACCUCUUUUUAAGUCAUGUUCUACUUCUGUGUGGACACCAAAGCAAGAGAUGAUGAGAAACUUUUUUCCUAUUGAUGAAUUGAAGAAUGAGAGUCUUAAGGGAAAUAAUGUGACUCCAACUUUGAGAAAUAUGCUAAAUUUAGAAGAUGGUGUUGGAGAGUCUUCUAUAAAUAUUACAGCAAAGUCAAACUCAAACUCAACUGAAGAGGAUUCAAUUGUAGUUGGCACAAGUGGUGAUAAUCUUCACACAAACAUGAAAGAAGUUUCUGAUUCUAAAUCUUUAGAGCUUGAUUUGUCACUUAAGCUUUAA